GGAGGGAGAGAAGCCCUCCUCGCUAUCUCACCUGCAGGUAGCUGUCACUUGAACUGACUUCGUCCGUUGCUAUGUGCAGGUACCGCGUGGAGCCCGGCUAUGGUGCCAGGUUUCCGGAUGCGAAGAUCAUCUCCUUGGAACCCAGCAAGAAGAACUAUGAGACAUUACUGUUGAAUGUGAAUGGCUUUGGCAACGUGAUCCCCCUUCAUGCAGGGCUGUGGAAGAGUAUGUCUCAGCUCAGACUCGUCAACUGCACCACCAAUGGGAACAGCUGGGAGAGAGAGUGGGGAUUCCAGGUGGAGGAGGUAAGUAACUGGAAUGAAACGGAAGCAGAAUUUAUCAUGACUGGUCUGACCGUAGAAUUCCUGCUGCGCCUCUUUGACUUGCAAAGCUUUGACUUUGCGAAGAUUGAUAUUGAAGGAUCUGAAAAGGAACUGUUCACGAGAUCGGAAACGAAUACUUUGAAGUGGAUGGAGAGCACAUCUCUGUUUAUGGUAGAAGUGCAUGACAUGAUGAGAGCAGGUGCUAAGGCUAUUGUUGAUGGGGUUUUCAACAAGAGUGGUGAUAACAAAUUUCACAUGCUCAAGGACUAUGGCAUGUUCCAAGCAUGGACAAACACGCGGUUGAUUCCCACUUCAAGUUAAUGAAUGACUUCUCAUAUGGAUACCAAAAGGCGAUGUGGAGGACUUCAUCCUUAUCUAUAUGGCAGCAGAAUUCACAGGAUAUGUCAAUAGCAAGGCGCUGCAAGGGCUCCUGUCGUGGACCAACACAUGGUUGGUUUCCAGUCUAAAUGAACAUCUUCGUUCUCAGAAAUGGAGUGGCGGCUACUACUGUCGUGGACCGACACAUAAAUGAAUGGUCCACACCGGUUGGUUUUGACUCUAAAUGAAUGGCGACUUCUUCUUUGAACAGAGCGGACGAUGUAUCACAUUGCUAUUUGCGGUAGGGAAUCACGCUGAGGAAAUCAAUUGCUGUCAUGACCAACUCAUGGAUGGAUUCGACUUCAAAUGAACGGCUUCUUUCCUGGAAACGGAAAGAGGAAGUAUGCAUCAUUACUCAUGUGGUGGUAGAAGUUCUGGUUAUGUUGAGAAAUGACUGCUCUUGUCAUGGACCAGUAUGUGUUUGGUUUCUUCUCCAAAUGAACUGACUUCAGAAACAGAGGUGGAGGAUGGAUGGCAAUGCUAUUCAUGAUGGAGAACUGGAGGAUCUGUUGAGAGCGCAUGACUGGUUUCCACUCUAAAUGAAUGGCGACUUCUUCUUUGAACAGAGCGGAGGAUGUAUCACAUUGCUAUUUGAGGUAGGGAAUCAUGCUGAGCAGAUCAAUUGCUGUCAUGACCAACUCAUGGAUGGAUUCGACACCAAAUGAACGGCUUCUUUCCUGGAAACGGAAAGAGGAAGUAUGCAUCACUACUCGUGUGGUGGUAGAAGUUCUGGUUAUGUUGAGAAAUGACUGCUCUUGUCAUGGACCAGUACGUGUUUGGUUUCCACUCCAAAUGAACUGACUUUCAGAAACAGAGGUGGAGGACGCAUGGCAAUGCUAUUCAUGAUGGAGAACUGCAGGAUCUGUUGAGAGCGCAUGACUGCUGUCAUGGACAAAUACAGGAAUGAUUUUCACUUCAAAUAUAUUAGCAGAGUGGCACGUGGACAGUAAGUGAAGUGGUUGAGGCUCGCAUGAGUAGAGGUAGUAGGAAGUAGAUUAGGGCAGGUCAUACCACUAGUAGAGCUGCUAGAUUGUUGUUCCUUUGAUGAUUGGAGGUGAAAGUCGGGCUUCCUUUAUCAAGAGACUGCAGUGUUCUGUUUGCUCCUUGUUGGUGUGCGUUCAACUUCGGUCUUCUGUUUGCUCCUGUUUGAUAUUCUGUGAGAUUUUGCAUUCGUGAAUAUUGGUGUUCUCAUUUCGUUUUGGAAUUGGAAAAAGUCCAUAAGGGUAUAAAAUGAGAGAAAGUGAAAGACAGACCAAUUUCAAUGCUCUUCUCAUGACAAGACAUGAAACCUGAUAUCUGCCCAUCGUGGGUUUCCUGACAGUCACGCAUCCAACCUACUAACCUGAACACAUUGCUGGGGGGAUUUGCAUCCUGCUGAGUUUUUUAUAUGCCAUCUUUCGAAAUGAGAUUGUCCAAGGAUGCAGUGCAGGAGCACUGACAUUUACAGAAUUUACCCUGUUUGUCUUUCUCUCUUUAUUUUUGGACAGUGUUGAGCCUGUUUUAGUGGCUUGGAGUAGUUUUUGGAUCACAGCUAGCUAACCCGUAUUUUGUAUGAUGUGAAGGGCUUGUGUGAGGGGAUAAUGCUUGUGGGAGGUGAUAACGUUCGUGCGAGGAUUGGACCCGUUGCAUGGGGCCACUGAAGCCCUCACGAAGCGGCGAGGCCUGAGACAGACAUGGGGGCCUGCUUUUUGGGCAUUUGGCGGACCCCUCGCCCCUUACAAUUUGUUACAGAGUGGAGGGCCCCUUGGCAAUGUGUGCAUGUGUGACCGGGAGGUGAGAAAGGCCCGAAGGCUGCAAUGUUGCAUGUAGCGAAUUAGCCAAUUAGGAAGCAGGAGACAGUGUGUGCCACGUCACACAGUUGGGGCACAUUAACGGAUUCGGCCCUAGUGCAGCAGCUGAAUAG